AUGCGCACACCUCGCCAUGUCUUCACGGCGGCAGCCAUGCUCCUGCUAGCCACGCUCGGCACCUCCACACCCGCCCAGCAGCAGCUCUUCCCCCGCGGCCCCUCCGCCGGCUGCGGCACGAAACACGCCUCCGGCCUGCACACCAACCUGCCCUUCCAGUCCGGCGGCCUGGACCGCACAUACGCCGUCUACGUGCCGGAAAACUACAACGCCGACCCGUCCAAGCCGCGCAAGGUCGUCUUUGACUACCACGGCCGCAACGGGAGUGGCGAGGGGCAGUACAACAACUCGCAAUACUUUGCCUACCCCACCGGCAACACCUACCUCGGCGUCUACCCGUCCGGCUACCCGGGUAAGAACGGCGAACCCGCCUGGCAAGGCGCCUCCUACGCCUACCCCUCCAUCAACGACACCCAAUUCACCACCUCCCUGCUCGCCCACAUCGCGGCAAACUACUGCAUCGACCUCUCCGCCGUCUACGCCUCGGGCAAGAGCAACGGCGGCGGCUUCGUCGACACCCUCGCCUGCUCCGACGCCGGCGACGCCUUUGCCGCCUUUGCCAUGGCCGCCGCCGCACUCUACACCGACAACAGUCUGAACAGCUGCAAGGGCGAGAAGUCAGGCAAGCGCAAGCGUCGCGCCAUCAUGGAAGCCCACGGCGACGCUGACGGCACCGUCGCGCCCGGCGGCGGCAUCGGCAACGGCGGCACCACGCCCAACAUCACCACCUGGACCGGCUGGUGGGGUGUGCGCGACGGAUGUGCGGUCGGUGACGCGGUGCCCGGGACGGAUAACAAGGGGUACAACACGACGACGUAUUCGUGCGGGGCCGGGCUGGACGGCGUGGUGAAGCAGUAUUGGGUGUAUGGCGAGGGGCAUUGCUGGCCGUCGGCAAAGGGGAAUACGACGGAUGGGACGCGCGGGUAUUGUGGCGUGCAUGUCUUGAAUUAUACGCCUGAGGUUAUUGGCUUUUUUGAGCGGUGGACGCUGGCGAAUGCGCCGGGGAAUUGA